UCGCGUCAUUUUGCGGGAUCUUGUCCGACGACUUUUAGUUCCGACCACUUUGCACUAAUUACUAUAUCUUAUCACUCCCUUCAAAACCAUUCUAAACACGCUUGUUUAAGCUACUUGAUGCGUGAGUACGUGACGCUUACUUAUUUACGGUCAUCCUUACGAAUUCCUUCACUGUUCUCCUUUUCUCCGGUGAGUUCUUCUUCGACUUUGCCCGCUUUGGCCCACCUGGCCGCCUACUUGUCGUACCUUCUCGCGCUUGAAUAUAAGCAUCCUUUCUCCUUUUCCCAAUCCCUUUUUUGUCCCCUCACUUCCCUAUUUUGUCGAAGCAUCAAUUCAAUUGGCUUAUUCAAGCAAGGCAGUCUCAUUCAGUUGGCAUUCGCCUGCACGCGUGCCUCACCUCUGUGUCGCCGGUAUCUGUAACUGCGAUAUUGGGAACGACGGAAGUCGCGGGUUCGACAGAAGUGCGGUGGGGAUCGAAGACACGUUUGCAGGACGUGGUCCUCUUGGUGGGCGCGCACGACAGAGAACGCUCAGUUUUUGAUAGGCCGCGUCUCUCUUCUGAUCGGAGAUCGGUGAACAGCCCGGUAUGUUAGCAGUUCUUUAUCGUUACCUUACUCGUUCGCGCGCGUGUCAUUAACGAUAAUUUCGAGCGCAGUGCAGCCACUCGAGUUCGCGUAAUUGAGGAAAAAUCCCCCGUCGUUGGAUCAUUUUAGCUGCUUGUAUCGGAAAGAAUUCCUCUUAUUGCGUGAACGCCACGAGUAUCAGCAUGGCUGGUAUCAUAAAGCGCGUAGUCAGCAAUUAUAACGAAUUCCUGAAGAACAUAAAAGAUCCGAUAGUAGACACGUGGCCUUUAAUGGGGUCACCCGGCCCGAUGCUGUGUAUCGUUGGGACGUAUCUGAUUUUCGUUUUAAAAGCCGGACCGAAAAUGAUGGAGAAGAGACCGGCCUUUCAGCUGAAUACUAUCUUAAUAUUAUACAACGCGUUCCAAGUGUUCCUCAGUAUUUGGCUAGCAUCGCUGGCACUGUAUGUCAAUUAUGAGGAUUUAAUAAUCUUUCACGGUUGUACUACUCAAAAUAUGCCGAUCCAAAGGAACUUACAGAAACCGUUCUUGCAGAGCGCGUGGUGGUACUUCGUAGCGAAAAUCAUCGAGCUCUUCGACACGGUAUUCUUCGUCUUGCGAAAGAAGCAAAGUCAAGUGACUUUUCUCCAUGUUUAUCAUCAUACCAUAACGGCCGUCUUCUCGUGGUGUUUCUUGAAGCUACUACCCGGUCAACAAGGUAUCUUUGUGGGCUUCUUGAAUUCCGUUGUCCACAUUUUCAUGUACAGUUAUUAUCUCAUCGCGUCGCUUGGCUCUAAGUACAGAAAGUACCUCUGGUGGAAGAAAUACAUGACCUGGAUUCAGCUGCUGCAGUUCGGGGCGAUGCUGUGCUACCUGAUCCUGACUCUGUUCAUGGACUGUCAAGUGCCGAAGGUUCUAACUUAUUUCUUCCUAACGAACGUGGUCAUUUUCAUUUAUCUGUUCGGUGAUUUUUAUUGGAAAGCGUACGUAAAAAAAGAGUACGCGAAGAAAAUCUAAUGAUCGAAAUUGAUCUCGCGCGGACAAAAUGGAUGCUGACAUUCCUUCUACGAGAACAUAGUUGAUGACAAAAAGCGGAUGAGACAAUUACAAUCGAGGAUGUGACAAAAUCACUCAACUGAGUCAUUUGUCUUUAACAUGCGAAGUAACGUAAAGGAUUUGUACAUACGUACGCACACUCGCGCGUGAACAAUAAUUUCCUUACAGUUUCGUUAUAGAACGUGGACACAUUUGAACUUCCGUUUCCUGAACUGCUCUUCCCGAACGUUCCUCGAAAUUGUUUUAGUAUUGUUCACACACGCGCACACACACACACACACACACACACACACACACACACACACACACAUACACACACACACUAAAUACGUCACAUAGUUAUUGGCAUUUCCAAUAUAAGUGAUUAUCGUAUUCAUAAUUUAUUAUCAAUAAUCGUUUUGUAAUUUUAAUUACCUUGUGUAUUUAGUUGUCCUUUGUAAAAACCGUGCGAAGGCUAUUUCGUUUUAUUUAUUCGUAUGCGUUUUCAACCAAAUUACUGAGACGCCACGAUAAUUGUGAUAUGCAAAGAGUCGUUGUCGCGCUCGAGUCGCCAAAUCUUCUCGAUUUCGGCGCCGAUGUUGUAAUUAACAUACGUCAGCGAUGUGAAUUCGUUGACCCGGGAGGAUGAGGAGGACAAGAAUCGAAGCGGGAGAGGAAGCAGGACGAGCGCGAAACGCGAACCGAUCGCCCGGGGCUGCGUCUAAAGUGUGCCACGAUCCGUAAAAAAGAAAAAGGAAGAAAAAAAGAAAAGUAGCGCCCACCGAGAGCAGACAUAUAACGUGAGUAACGAAGCAACCGGUACUCGUAAAAAUCCGUAAGCCGGACUGGCCGUCGCGUUCCUUCCAAAGGAAAACACCCGAGCGCGGUUCUGAGUUUUUCUAACGGUACUUCCUCGCUAUGCUUCCUCGCUUCUGUUAUGUUACACAGUCCAGUGUUCUCAAUGCCAGAUUAUGAGAGCCUCUCCGGCAUUUAGUCGGAGAUGAAUACUCUCAGCUUCUUCAGCUCACAAUUAUCGCUCUGUUCGUCGGGCAACGAUCCAAUCCAAAUCGCGGAAUGUUUGAGGCUCUUUCUUCGCCUUUCAACAAACGAUUCUUGUUGUUCUCGUUUGACAAGCUUGGUCGAAACAACGCGGAACUACUGCCAACGAUGACGACUCUUGUAAUAAUAAUCGCUGCGGACAAUCUCGCGACUUGCGUCCAACACAUUGCAAUUAAAUAAAUAAACGACGUAAGGGGGAGGGAGGGGCGCAGUAGUUUAAGUGCGGAAUGUGUACCACUAUUUAUUAAUAAACAUUACAAAUAAAUCGAAAUUGCGAACGCCUGA